UUGAUGAUUAUGAUCGCAAAGACUCGAAAACAUCCUGAUGAGGCACCUCAUGAGUUCGGGGUACAAGUGUGACGUCCGAGUAACUUGAGAUUUUUUUCGGGAGUCAUUACGACGCUUUGCAUUAGGAAAUGGCCCACGCGGGGGAGGUCACACGUCGGCGCGUGGCGCUCGUAAGUAGGUCAAGAGUUUUAGGGCGUCGGCCAAAUUAAACAGACGGUUUUUUUAGUGGGCUGAAAUACACUCGGUCCAGAAAUACUUUUUGAACGAGCUUGUAAGCUGUAACCAAACCAGGAAACCAAACGACACGGCAUAGCCGUUGCAACACCCCUCACUCUCCUCCUCCUUCUUCUCCCUUCAAAAACUCCAAUCACAAUUGCAAGUUUUAUCAGCUAACAACCAGGGUUCUUGUCUUCGAAACAGUACGUUUCACAUACUCUUUCUCUCUUCUUGUGUUUCUUUCAUGUGUAAGACAUCCAUCACUGUUCGGUUUUUACUUCAAAAUUGUUGCGUCGGAAACUUCUUGUGGAUUUCUACUUCAUAUGCUGAGAGCCACCGAAUUUCAUUGUUAAGAUUAGUUAGUAACCGUGUUAGAAGUUCAUUCUAGCUUGUUAGAAAUUCAACUAAUUUUCAUGUGUUCUUUGAAUUAUUUAACCCUAAUUGUAACUAUUUCUUUAUGAUGCAUUUAUAGUCUAUUAUUUUGAAAAUUCAGAGCGCUAUUACCUUGGACUGAGCACAAACUGUCUCAAGAUCAUACUAGAGCAUCAACCAACCGUUUUAAUUGUGUCUUCUUUUGUUUAAAUGCAUACUGUUGUGUUUUCUAUUAACCAGAUGGUUUGAAUGAUAAUGCUUGUGAUUGUCCGAUGAUUUUUCAUGGAUUUCUUGAGGGAAUGUUAGGAUUAGCAUACGUAUGGUAAAGCUGCAACACCGUUAUAUUGCUGCAUCUGUUGAUUUCCGUGAGUUGUUUCGUUAUUAAACAGCUGUUGGGAGUUGGGCAUCGGCGUGGGUGCCAUGGAUUGCAGUAGGACAACGAAAGUAGAAAGUUCCCUCAUUUUGUAGCUUUUUUAUGACAUCUGUUUCUCUCAACUUUUAGCUUGUCUAUAUUUUUGGAAAAAGUCGAUUUCAUUUGAAGGAUAUGCGUAUCAUUACUAGAAAAGGAUACAAGUUUUUCUGCCUCUCAUGGACUGGAUGUCGAAUUUGAACUGUUAUGGAAUCAUUCUUUAAUUAGAUAAUUGUGUCAGGGCAAUACCACCCUGCGGGCCUCCUUAGAACAAUAUGUAAUUUGCAUGUCUUCGUUAGACCAUCAAUUCAAUGCCUUCUCUUCGGAUUUUGUGGUUCCGCAUUAACCUGACUUUUAUCUUGUCUAUUGACGUUGUUUUCUACAUAUCUUUAGCCAUGAAUGCUGGUGAUAAUGAGAUGGUAGAAGGCUCCAUUUCUUCUCUUCUUGUUGAUUCGUUGGAGUCUAAUAAGAAUGGAGAUGCACUUUCACCUGAAGAUGUAGCUUGGGCUGAUUCUUGCCUUGUUAAAGAUGAUGAAAUUUCAGAUGGUGACUGGAGUUCUCUGAAAGAUGUCUUGUUAGAAAUUCUUAGUCUGCAGCCAGAAUCACACGAUUCUUCUGAACCUGGAACUGAUGAUUUGCCUAGAGCAGCUGAUGUUCUGAUGCUUCCUUCCGAUGAAGCAGUAAAUUUACAGUCAUCUGUAGUAAUUGACAAUGAGGUUGCUACAAUUAAUAAAGAACUAGAAAUGAAAAGCAGAGGUUUUCCAAUCAAUGAGGAGACUGAUGUUUCAUCAUCACAGCUUUUUCAGGGAGAUUUCUCAGAAACUUCUCUCAAACAUGCCUUUUCACCUAAUUACAAGGAAGAUGAUGACUCAAAAAUGAGCCAGCCAGAUGGUUCAGGAUUUGACAUGGCCUUUUCAGCAUAUGAUACGGAGCCAUCAACUGAGGAUAUCUUUAAGGUUUGGGAUUUGGGCAUUCCAGAUGAGGAAGAUGAACUUGUUAAACAGCUGAACAAGGCCCUCUCUGAAAAUCCCGUUCACUCCACACCACCAUCUGAUGAUUCAGGCGUGUUGAAAGAUUUGAAAGAGGAGUCACUUGAUUCUUUGAUUAAUGGCAUUGCAGAACUAUCUUUGGAUCAACACUCUUGAUUCCACUUUCAAACUUUGUACAUAUUAUAGCUUUGAUUUUGGUGUACGUUUCCGGUUUCUGACAACUGCUUUUAAUUGUGAUGGAAGGAGUAUUUAUUGUCCAUUAGGCAAUUAUGUUCUACAGAGCACAUUCAACCGUAAGAAUCAUGGACAUGGCAACCUUAAUUCGAGGUGAUGUCUCCAAAAUACUGACUUGUACAUUAAAGGUGUUAUAUUUAGUUCUGAUGAUCAUGAUGCACAAGGCAGCAUUUUUCUUGUUCUUA